AAAAUGAGAAUAUUUUGUAAGGAGAAUAAAUGGCGUACUGACAGCUUGAUAAAUUUUUGUUUCUUUUUUAUUUAAUUGCAUUUUUUCCAAUAAUUCAAAUGACUGGAAAUGUCACAUUUUUUUCAAGCAACAAUGUCAUUGAUAUUUCCACAAAAGUGAAUAAUUACAAUUUAGGAAAAUUAAGCUCAAGAAUGGCAGCAAAUACCUCUCAGGCAAUGACAAGCUUGAAAGAAGACAGUGUUGUCAGACAGAAAACUAAAGGUGAGCCUCUACAGGGAAGCAAUGUGACAAUCAACGCAGAUAAGAACAAUGAUCUGCAUAGAGAUUCUGUGGAUAGCUAUUUCAAUAAGAACAAUGGUUUGCUUAGGGCUGAGGACAACAAUGGAAACAGAAACAUCUACCUGCCAACAGACCAUGUUGAACACAAUGGCUCGCCUGCAGUCCAUGUGGAAAACAAUGGCUUGCCUACAGACAAUGUGGAAAACAAUGGCUUGCCUACAGACCAUGUGGAAAACAAUGGCCUGCCUACCGUACAUGUGGAAAACAAUGGCCUGCCAUCAGUCCAGGUGGAAAACAAUGGCCCGCCUACAGACCAUGUGGAAAACAAUGGCUCGCCUACAGACCAUGUGGAAAACAAUGGCCUGCCUACAGACCAUGUGGAAAACAAUGGCUCGCCUACAGACCAUGUGGAAAACAAUGGCCCGCCUACAGACCAUGUGGAAAACAAUGGCUCGCCUACAGACCAUGUGGAAAACAAUGGCCUGCCUACAGUCCAGGUGGAAAACAAUGGCCUGCCAUCAGUCCAGGUGGAAAACAAUGGCCCGCCUACAGACCAUGUGGAAAACAAUGGCUCGCCUACAGACCAUGUGGAAAACAAUGGCCUGCCUACAGACCAUGUGGAAAACAAUGGCUCGCCUACAGACCAUGUGGAAAACAAUGGCCCGCCUACAGACCAUGUGGAAAAACAAUGGCUCGCCUACAGACCAUGUGGAAAACAAUGGCCUGCCUACAGUCCAGGUGGAAAACAAUGGCCUGCCAUCAGUCCAGGUGGAAAACAAUGGCUCGCCUACAGACCAUGUGGAAAACAAUGACCCACCAAACUACCAUGUGGAAAGCAAUGACCCACCUACAGACCAUGUGGAAAGCAAUGGCCCACCUACAGACCAUGUGGAAAGCAAUGGCCCACCUUCUCAAGGUCUCACUUUAAGGAGUAGUAAGGAGAUAACAAGUCAUGAAUGGGAAGAGCUAAAAAAGAUGGUGUCUGUGCAAGCCUGUCUUGAAUUUGAUAACAAAGCUGAUGUACAGGAGGCAAUUUUGAAAAUAGUCAGAGAAAAAGGGUGUUUCCCAACAGAUACCAGUGCUGCUGAAAUUUCAGAAAUUAUCAUGGAUAGGAUGUGAAUCCCAAGAACAUAGAAGAAAACCAUGUUAUGCAAAUCAACAGCUUAAUUUUAUAGUGUUUUUUCUUCCCCCACUAAAAACAGCCUUUAAACUUGCCUUAACCCUUAACCAGCUGGAAUUAAAAGUUAGCGACCUUUGCCACCAGUAUAAAACCAGGCCAGCCUGCAUAAAUAUGCACUCUGACCAGGCUCUAUACUGUUGGCUGACCAACUCAAUAUUUUCAUUUCAAUAUCCCUCAAAAUUGAGUCCAUUUAAAUAAAAUUCAGCAGGUUAAGGGUAUAAUGAUGAAGAGUUAGUAGGUUGUAAUAAUUAAUGUUCACAUAUACAUAUCAAUUAUUAUAGGGCACUUUAUUUUUGUAACUUUCCCAGUUAUAUACUUUCCAACUAAAUUCAUUUCAAUUUUUUUUUCUGAACAGUUUCUAUGAAAUUACUCUUAUUGAGAAGAAUGAUCUCUUUUAAGCAAAUUCAAAGGCAGUUUAGAUGUAAGAAAUUGGUGGAUAUUAAACUUAUUGAUAUUAGAGAGAAGCUGAUGUUACCCUGAGAUUUGUGCAUAGUUCAGCUUUCAACGAAAAAGUUCAUUCUUGUGCAUUAACAGUAGCAAGUAAUGAUGAUUGUGUAUGGGCAUUUUUUGAUACCAGUUCAGAAUGUUGUGUUCUUAUAAGAUAAUCUUGCAGUAAAUUAUAACAAUUUAGUUAAAUAUAUAGUAGAAUAAAUUCAACCAGUAAAUUCAAUGACUGAUCUUACAGAUCUUUGCUUGUUGCAUGACAUUCAUUAUUUUCCCUUUUUAUGAUGUUGUAAUGAAACUAGGUCCAAUACAAUGAUUUUUCUUUUACGGGCAUUACCUGGUAUAUAUGUUUGAUGAUAUAUGAUAUGUAGGGCACAUUUGAUUCGGUUAAUACGUGUAAGAAAAGUUUGUUAAAUUGUACCAUUCCUAUAUAAUGCAUAUUUUAAAUCAUGUAUUAAAAUUGUUUCA